AUCCCAGCCAUCACCAUCUCACUGCCACCCUCGGUGCCACCAUGCUGGCCUCGGGGCUGCUUCUGGUGGCUUUGCUUGCCUGCCUGACCGUCCUGGUCUUGAUGUCCGCCUGGCGGCAGAGGAAGGUCUGGGGGAAGCUGCCUCCCGGGCCCACCCCACUGCCCUUCAUCGGGAACUACCUGCAGCUGAACACAGAGCAGAUGUACAACUCGCUCAUGAAGAUCAGCGAGCGCUACGGUCCGGUGUUCACCGUCCACCUGGGGCCCCGGCGGAUCGUGGUGCUGUGUGGACACGAGGCUGUGAAGGAGGCGCUGGUGGACCAGGCUGAGGAAUUCAGCGGGAGGGGCGAGCAGGCAACGUUCGACCGGCUCUUCAAAGGCUACGGCGUGGUGUUCAGCAGUUGGGAGCGCGCUAAACAGCUCCGGCGCUUCUCCAUCACCACGCUGCGCGACUUCGGCGUGGGCAAGCGCGGCAUCGAGGAGCGCAUCCAGGAGGAGGCGGGCUUCCUCGUCGAAGCCCUCCGGGGCACGCGCGGCGCCUUCAUCGAUCCCACUUACUUCCUGAGCCGAACUGUCUCCAAUGUCAUCAGUUCUAUUGUCUUCGGGGACCGCUUUGACUACGAGGACAAAGAGUUCCUGUCGCUGCUCCGUAUGAUGCUGGGAGUCUUCCGGUUCACAGCGACAUCCACGGGGCAGCUCUAUGACAUGUUCUACUCAGUCAUGAACUACCUGCCAGGACCACAGCAACAGGCAUUCAAGGACCUUAAGGGCCUGGAGGACUUCGUCACCAAGAAGGUGGAGCAGGACCAGCACACGCUGGACCCCAACUCCCCGCGGCACUUCAUCGACUCCUUCCUCAUCCGCAUGAAGGAGGAGGGGAACAAUCCCAACACGGAGUUUCAUUGGAAGAACCUGGUGCUCACCACACUGAACAUCUUCUUUGCCGGCACCGAGACCGUCAGCACAACCAUGCGGUUUGCCUUACUGCUGCUUAUGAAGCACCCAGAUGUGGAGGCCAAAGUCCAUGAGGAGAUUGACCGGGUCAUUGGUAAGAACCGUCAGGCCAAGUUCGAGGACAGGGUCAAGAUGCCCUACACAGACGCCGUGAUCCACGAGAUCCAAAGAUAUGCAGACACAGUCCCCAUGUCAGUGGCCCACAGAGUCAUCAAGGACACCAAGUUUCGAGACUUCCUCCUCCCUAAGGGCACCGAGGUGUACCCAAUGCUGGGCUCCGUGCUGAGAGACCCCAAGUUCUUCUCCAACCCCCAAGAAUUCAAGCCCCAGCACUUCCUGGAUGAGAAGGGGCAGUUUAAGAAGAGUGAUGCUUUCAUGCCCUUCUCCAUCGGAAAGCGGAACUGUUUCGGAGAAGGCCUGGCCAGAAUGGAGCUCUUUCUCUUCCUCACCACCAUCAUGCAGAACUUCCGCUUCAAGUCCUCGCAGUCUCCCCGGGACAUCGACGUCUCCCCUAAAUACGUGGGCUUUAUCACCAUCCCGCGCACCUACACCAUGAGCUUCCAGCCUCGCUGAGCCGGGGCGGGGCUGGGGAGGCAGGGCUAGUGGGAGGAGCAAGGGUGGGCGGGGCACCGGGGCGGAGCCGAGGGGCGGAGCACAGUGGGCUCUGAGCAUCGUGCUAUGGACCCUUCGGAGGUGGGAUGAGAGGAAGGAAACUCACUGUACUGUGAACGAGAAGAAAUAACAACUAGUAUUUUUUUAGCAAAUGCUCUGUGUCAUCUCUAUGCUAAAAGCGUUAAACGCCCACCUCAAUCCGCACAAACCUAUGGAAUGGGGAACAGCGUUCAAAUCCCUUUUGCAGGUGACGAAGCUGAGGUUCAGCAAGUUUAAGUCUCUAGCUGAGGUCCCACGGAACACAAGAGCUCUCGGCACGUAGGCGAACACAGAACCGCGGGGAACGGCUGUACUUAGCCCCACGGUCCUUAGGGUAAAUGCUUAAAAUGCUCCCCUGCCUCAUGUGAAAUACACAAACUCAGUAUAUUAUUUUG